AUGGCCGACCAACCUGAGUUUCAGCCUGGGGGGUCGCAUAGACGCAAUCAACGACACCAAUCUGGGACAGAUAACAAACCUCCAGACAAUUCAAAGGUUAAAGAUCAGGCACAGUUGCCACAGUCUACAACUGAAAAGAAACACAACAGGAAAAGAAGUGCCUCGUGUUCAAAGGAUACAGGUCAGCACUGCACUAGUAACAAGUUUAUAGCACCCAGCAACAAGGUCACUGUUGCUUGUAACAAGGUCACUGUUCCUAACAAAGUUUCAGUCCCAAGCAGCAAGGUUGCAACCCCAAACAAGGAACUUGACUGGAACGACAGUGCUUCAUAUAAACCAAGUUCGUCAAAGAAAAAGAAGAAAGCUGCUAAGAAGGAAAAGAGGAAAUCAAUUUCAGUGUCAGCACAUGAAGUAAAUGACAUAACUGUCUCCCAGGUAGAAGAGAAAGGGAAAAAAUCAUUCUCAAAAACAAUUGCUGGUAUUGUUGGGAAAGGUGCAAAACUUAUCAACAUAUCUCAAUCAUCAGCUAUUGAGAAACUACAAAAGGCUGAAACAACAGUAACUAGUAAUACCAGCUUAUCAAACACAGAUCAGUCUGAUCCAGAGACAUAUACAAUAUCAAAGAACCUGCGGUCCAAUUCAAACGCGUCUGUCAUUGAAGGCAUUCCCUAUUACACAACUUUCAACAAGUGGAGUAAUAGUAAAAAAGUGUGUACUAAAUCUGCCACUGGGAGUUCCAUUUCAUCACUACAUACAGACAGUAACGUGGUGGAUAUAGAAAUCCUAGGGAAAUCCUUCUCAUCACACAGUGACAGUCCAGCAGAAAGAAGCAUUUCACAGGUUCAGUCAGGUUCUCAAAGUCCAAGCUUGCAGCCUUCUGUAGCGAAAAAAGCAAAAAUUGAAGAAUCAAGUAAUCGAAGAGGAAAAGGCAGUUCAGCUAGAGAACACAAAGACAGUACCCAGCAAUCCCCACCUACUCUUGAAAACCAGUCGCCGGGGCUUGACGGCUUACGGCGGACCAGACGCACAAGGAAAACGGGAUCUUGUGCUAGUAGCAGUGGUCGACGUUCCUCAUCAUUGUCCAAGCGCCAAGGAGGCUCAACAUCACGCCCAGGACCACCAGGUGGCACUGACAGUGGUACUAGCCACACUAGAGGGACGUCCAAACCACAUUCCAGCACAAUGUCAGACCCUACAGACAACACUGGAAGUGGCGCUAGACCACGUAACACUGAGGAGGGUGCACAACCUCCGGUGGCAGCAUCCAGCUCUGGUGGUGCCACUGCAGUAACAUCAGAGAGUGAGAGCGAGGAAGCCGACAUGGGGAGACUUCAAGCGCUUCUUGAGGCCCGCGGCCUUCCCUCCCAGCUGUUUGGGGCACUUGGUCCCAGAAUGCACCAGCUCCUGCACAGGACAAUGGGAGGAGGCAACAUCAGUAAAGCUCAGCAGUUGAUACAAGGCCUACAGUCUACAGGAAACGAGGACCAGCAGCUCACAUCUGCUAUUGAAAUGUGCCAGUUACUUGUGAUGGGAAAUGAAGACACUCUAGCAGGCUUCCCAGUAAAACAGGCCGUGCCAGCCCUCAUCACACUUCUACAGAUGGAGCACAAUUUUGACAUGAUGAACCAUGCCUGUCGUGCCCUUACCUACAUGAUGGAAGCUCUACCUCGGUCCUCUGCGGUGGUUGUCGAUGCUGUGCCAGUCUUCCUGGAAAAGUUACGAGCUAUCCAGUGUAUGGAUGUAGCAGAACAGUCAUUGACGGCGUUGGAAAUGUUGUCACGAAGACACAGCAAAGCAAUCCUGCAGGCUGGAGGUAUAUCAGCUUGUCUGACAUUUCUGGACUUCUUCAGCAUGUCGGCACAAAGGAGUGCUUUGUCCAUUACUGCGAAUUGUGUACAGAACCUCAGUCCUGAAGAGUUCCACCUUAUCAGGGAAUCUUUUGCUUUGCUCAGUGCUCGUCUUACCCAUCAGGAUAAGAAGUCGGUUGAAAGCUGUUGUUUGUGUUUCUCCCGUUUGGUGGACAAUUUUCAAGGCGAUCAGAGGAUUCUGAAGGAGAUAGCAGUACAUGGACUUCUUACCAAUAUACAACAACUGUUGGUAGUCAGCCCACCAGUGGUUAGUACGGGAACGUUUGUGAUGGUUGUACGUAUGCUGUCCGUUAUGUGUGCCAGCUGUCCUGACCUGGCUGUCCUCCUUCUCAAACAAAAAAUAGCAGAUACCCUGUGUUAUCUCCUAGUGGGAACUUCUGAACAAGCCAGUCCAAAUAUAGAGCUUGUAUCCAGAACACCUCAGGAGCUAUAUGAGAUAGUGUGUCUUAUUGGCGAGCUGAUGCCCAAGCUGCCAACAGAUGGAAUAUUUUCUAUUGAUACAAUGCUGCGUAAGGGGUCCACAGGUCAACUGGAGGCCAUCACCUGGCAAUGGAGAGAUGACCGUGGUAUCUGGCACCCUUAUACACCUAUUGACAGCAAGAUUGUGGAGGCUGCCCACCUGGCCAGUGAGGAUGAGGUUAGUCUUUCCACUAUGGGGCGAGCCUACACACUGGACUUUAAUUCUAUGCAACAGAUUAAUGAGGAUACAGGCACAGCACGGCCAGUUCAGAGGAAGGUUAAUCCUUUUGUACCUGGUGCACCACAGGCCUCUGCCACAUCCCUGACAUCCUCAUCAUCGUCUGCAUCGUCAGUAUCUUCCCUUGCGUCUGACCCAAAUAUUGAACGAUGUGACUCACGAGCGGAGAUCCUUAAAGAAGACAUGGCUCUGGCCUCAGCUUUCAUUCAGACACUAUUCGCUGUUCUGUAUGAGGUAUACAGCUCUUCAGCUGGGCCUACUGUGAGACAUAAAUGUCUACAGACAUUACUGAGAAUGAUCUUUUAUGCGGAUGCUGACUUACUUAAAGAAAUCCUGAAAACACAACCUGUCUCAAGCCACAUAGCAGCCAUGAUGGCAUCCCAGGACCUGAAGGUGGUGGUUGGAGCUAUUCAGAUGGCCGACAUCCUCAUGCAGAAGUUGGCUGACAUCUUCAGUGUAUUUUUCAGAAGAGAAGGUGUGAUGCACCAAAUAAAGAAGUUAGCCGAGUCGGAUCCCAUGGCUGUGUCACCAGUGAAGCCACCCUGCCCUCCAGAGAACCACCCCUCAGGGGCGGGUUCAGUCUCUAGUUCGCUUAGUAGUUUGAGCAGUUCCAGCACAAUGGAGUCAAGUAGCAGUAUAUCUCAAAGCUCUGAAUCCUUAGGGGGGCGGGAUGCUGGUCUUGGGUCGCACGAACUGGGAGGGGCCUCCAUCCCCACCCCUGGAGAUGAACAAUGCAGUAGUCCAACACAAAUGCGGCUUAGUGAUGUGCUAAAAAGAAAGAAACCUCCAAAGAGGUCCCUGGGACGUAAGGGACGUAACUCUGCUGAGGAACUACCUACAGAUCUGGCUACAAAGACCACUACCCCUACAUCAAGUCGCGGCUCUAGUAGGACGAAAGCUGCCAGUAAUUUCAUUUUCAAAAGCAAGGAAGCAAAGUCCAGUGGGGCAAGUUCAAAAAUGUCCUUCCUACCAAGUCUGAAUCCUCGCAGCUGGGGCAAGAGUUCCAACAGUUCUGAUCGACCUUCAUUACCCAAGGGUAGCCUAGCAAAGGCUGGACAACCAAGAGUACUCGCUAAUCUCUCACGAAAUGAUUUAAGUGUCCAAAAGCAGAUCAGUAUUUCUAGCUCUGGUAAUAAGGAAAAAGUGAAGACCUGGAUCAAGGAACAAGCAAUUCGGUUCCUUGAUCAGUACUUCAAUUCCGAAAGCCAGGGAAGCAGCCAUCCGGCUCUUAAUGUCCUUAACCGGUUGUGUUCUGCAACAGAAAAUCUGUCUGUUGAGGAGGAUUCUGGCAUAGACUGUCUAAAGGUUAUAGCCCAGAUCAUGAAAGAGAAUGAUGUUUCUCCAUUUGAAAUCAUCCAUAGUGGACUUGUUCAAAAGUUCCUUCAGUAUCUGACCUCAACAACAGGAGAAGUUCCUCGUGAUGUUAGGAUCAGACGCUUCCUUCACGUCUUCCUCAACUGUCCAGCACCUGAUGUACUGUAUGUGAAGGAGACUAACUUUAACUUAGAAACCAUUCCCUCAUUGUGUGCUCUAGUCAGCAAGUUGAUUGGAUGUCUUCAUCAACUUGAACAGUUUCAGGUCAAAGUUCAUGACCUCCCAGGGGGAAGCACGUCAAGUGGACGAGGCUCAAAUGCCCUUCGCUUCUUCAAUACACACCAACUAAAGUGUAAUCUACAACGUCACCCGUCAUGUACAUCUCUAAGGCAGUGGAAGGGUGGACCAGUGAAAAUUGAUCCUUUAGCUUUAGUCCAGGCUAUUGAAAGAUAUUUAGUUAUUCGUGGUUAUGGCAGAUUAAAACCGGAUGGAGAAGAUGAUAUUAGUGAUGAUGACAACUCAGAUGAUGAUGUGGAUGAUACAAUGGCGGCUGUGUUUAUAAGCCAGGGAACAGCUCGACACAAGUUGGAAUUUUUGAUAGGAGAACGAAUAUUACCUUAUAACAUGACGGUGUACCAGGCCAUCAAGAACUACAGUAAUCCAGGGGAAAAAGACAGCAGUGAAACCGAUACAGACACGGAGAACCCAGUUGGUCAUGCCAGCAUUUGGGUGCAAACACACACCAUCUGGUAUCGCCAGGCAACAGAACAAGAGGAAGGGAUGGCCACGAGUCCAAAGAAAACACGUCCUGAGAUCAAGGGUCCCAAGUCGUCUAACAGGAAAAAGGUGGAUGAACUGUGGACAGAAGGACACUGUCCAAUGAUGGUUCCUGCUCUAAAUGCUUACCUCACUGACAAGUUGCCGGCGUUUGUUACUGUGACAGAUGCAUCUGUAGAUGUAAUUGCCCUCCUACGUAUUCUCCAUGCAUUUAACCGAUACUGGUCCACCAUGUAUGAGGUGAUGUUUUCCAGUAAGCCCAUCCUUCCAUUCACCGAUUUCCUAAGUUCCAAGCUCACAGCCAAAGCCAAUCGUCAGCUGCAGGACCCUCUUGUGAUUAUGACAGGAAACCUUCCUUGCUGGCUGGCAGAAAUAGCAGCUGCUGCGCCGUUCCUAUUCCCAUUUGAGACAAGACAGCUGCUAUUCUAUGCUACAACAUUUGACCGUGACCGAGCACUAAUGCGUCUACAGGACAAUUCAGGAGAUACCAGUACGAAUGAUAGCAGUGAGCGUGUGGCCCCGAGACUGGACCGCAGACGGCGGCUAGUGACUCGAGCUGAUCUACUGAAGCAAGCUGACAAGGUCAUGGAAGACCUUGGAAACUCCAGAGCUCUACUGGAAAUACAGUAUGAAAAUGAGGUGGGUACCGGCUUGGGUCCAACACUGGAAUUUUAUGCCCUUGUAUCUAAAGAAUUACAGAAGGGAGAAUAUGAGAUGUGGAGGGGCGACGUGGUCAAGGAUGUGGACAGUGAAGGAAAAGAAACAGGUGAGGAAUACUAUCAUGCUAACUGUGGACUUUUCCCUCUGCCUCUCGCUCGGAAUGCAAAAGCUGCAGUGGUUACUAAACUGAAAAACAAAUUCAAGCUCCUCGGCAAGUUCAUGGCUAAAGCUAUGAUGGACUCAAGAAUGCUUGAUCUGCCAUUGAGUUUGGUUUUCUACAAAUGGAUGCUGGGACAAGAGCACAGCCUCACUUCAAGCGACCUCCAGCAUGUUGAUCCUGUGGUUGCCAAGUCUUUCAGACAACUAGAAGAUGUUGUCCGUCAAAAACAACGCAUCCUGGCCGACAAAUCCCAUACAAAGGAAAGCCAACAGCUUGCUCUAGACAACGUAACAAUGGAAGGAUGUAGUAUAGAGGAUCUGGCCCUCGACCUUACUCUUCCAGGGGCUGCCCAUAUCGAAUUGAAAAAGGGUGGCAAGGACAUUCCUGUAACCCUGGAUAAUCUUGAGGAAUAUUUACAGUUAGUGGUACAUUGGAGUUUGGUGGAGAGUGUUUCCAGACAAUUUGAAGCCUUCAGAGAGGGAUUUGAGUCCAUCUUUCCACUAAGCACACUACAGAGUUUCUAUCCAGAAGAGCUGGAGCAACUAUUCUGUGGGAAUGCCACAGACACAUGGGAUGUAAAGAUGUUGAUGGAGAGCUGCCGUUCCGAUCAUGGAUACACCCACGACAGUCGGGCGGUCAAGUUCCUGUUCGAGGUGCUUAGUUCAUAUGAUGGAACAGAACAGAGGAAGUUCCUCCAGUUUGUGACUGGAUCGCCACGCCUUCCUGUAGGAGGAUUCCGGAGUUUAAAUCCACCUCUCACUGUAGUAAGAAAGACAUUUGAAGCCUCGGAAAAUGCUGACAAUUUCUUGCCCUCUGUGAUGACAUGUGUGAACUAUCUUAAAUUACCUGACUAUUCCUCUGUUGAGAUCAUGCGUGAGAAACUCUAUCUGGCCACAAAGGAAGGCCAGUUAUCCUUCCAUCUAUCCUAACAUCGUCUUUCAGAGAAAUAGACUUGGAGAAGGCAAUUUAAUAGCAUACCUACACGUCAUUACAGUCCGGAAGAUUUGAUGCACAUUAGUUCUGACACAUUCUGAUGGAAAAGGGAUACUGGUCCUUAUCAAAUCCUGAAGGUUACAUAAUAUUUUUUUUUCAAACAUUAUUUACAAGAGGCAGGAUAUUUGUAUAUCAGCUUUACUUUGUAAGGAAUCUCCAGGAUGCAGAAUGUGUAUUGGUCACUACCGUCCUAAACAGGAGUUCAUGGGAAGAACCUGAGAGAGUCCCACGGGGAUGAGAUGUCAUCCCGACCAUUCUUCACACAACAGGAUCUACAGGAGACAAGAUUUAUUUUUGGUCAUAUCAAUCCUACAACAGUCAAGUCAUUAAGAUAACUUUUCUGGAAGACAGUGCUACAGGACACACAGUGUAGUGUAAUUCCAGACAAAGCCAGGAAUUUUAUCAAAACAGGAAAAAAGACCCUGGAUAUAUAUAUUACUUAAUACACUGUUUCAAAAGGCAUGGUAUCUGGAUUGAUGUGGAUAAUUUCUUGGUUAUUGAGACAAGAUAUCUAUAUACCGAUUCCUUUGACGAUCUUGUAGCGGACUGGAUACUUGAUUAUUGAUUCUGAUGGUGCAACAGGUGACAAACUCAGUUGAUAUAAUACCUUGUGUGUGCUGAUAAAUCUGAUGCUGUUAAAAGGUACAUAUUUGGUGCAUUGUAAUAUUUGACUAUCAUAAGUUGUUAAAUGGAAUACAUUAAUGAACUGGUGUAUCCAUAAUGUGUACAUUUUACAGAAUAGGAUUUAUAAACGAGCUCGAUGGAUUUAAUUUAUAUUUCCAGAUAUUUUUUAUCCUUAUAAGGAAGUGUAUUUAGGAUGUGAACUCUCAAUAUGCUCCUUUGACGAUUGCAUCAGCAUAAAUAUAGACAAGUCUUUAGUUCAAGGGCACGAGACAGUUCCCUUCAAACAGUUUUACGAUUGUGAUUUAGGAGAAAGAACACUAUUCUUUACAAAUGAUGUGUUGAAUCCCUUUUUUUAAAUUACAAAAUUGAUUUGCAAGGAAGAAAGAUAUUAUGUUGAACUGAUGUAAGUCAUCACCUUAUCUGAGGCUCGAAAAACUUCUUUUGUCCUGUAUAUUGUAUGUGACAAUGAAGUUGACAACAUGGGUAUUUUUAGUGCGACUUUUAAUUGAAGAAUAUAUGACCUUGAAGUUUCAUGGUCUGUGAUGUUGAUUCUUAUAUUAAAAGAUCUGGAGAUUGAUGUGUGUGAUGAAUCUGUGCAAAACACAAAAAACAGUUACCUGUAAACACCCCACCCACUUGUCUGACCGUGUAGUCCAUGGUCACACCCACCCUGACAUUGACAUAAAAAGGCUUUAUUAUAAGUUUUGUGAUCAUUUUCUGCAUUAUAUGUUGAACAUGUAUUGUGACAUGUAUAGUUAUGUAUAAAUUUGUGUUAUUUACUUUAAUAGUUUUAGAAAAGGAAUUUCAUCUGUUAAAGUACCCCCAGAAUUUCUUUGUGUAUGUUAAAGGGAUAAAUGUUUUGGUAUGAGCGACAGUGAGGUGUUUUAGUGACAUCUGAAUAUAUGUAUUCUAUAGCAUUUUUAUUUCAACUGGUCAAUCUUUUGUUGAAUCAAUUCGCUACAGGCAAAUUUCAUUCAUAUGUUGAUAACUAAGUCUGUCCAAGGGACGACAUUGCGUAAAGUUUGUACAUAAUUGUAUACAUGUUUUCGUAGGACACUAAAAAAUUUAACAUCAAACUCGUCAAAAAUUUAAACCAAGUUUUCAUAUAACUUACAUUAAAGGGGCACUGUGUGGACAUAUUUUGAAGAAAUUCAGUGAGAAUAUAGAUUUUUUUCAAAAUGCUGUUAUUGGUAACAUAUGGAAGAACACAAUAAAUGUUUCAUUUGCAAUUUACAAAUAUCUUCCUGCAUGUGCCAGACUGGUUUAACGCCAGGAGAACUAUUGAGUCUGGCAGACAAUGAUACAUUGGUAAGAAACGUCCUUAAUACUGUUGUCAUCACUUCACUUAAAAAUCAGUUAAAGCUAGGAAUUCAGUAAAAUUUUAUCUAUAAUAGAACACAUUGGUAUAGUAUCAGUGUUUUUAUAGAUUAUUUUAUCUUUCAAUUUUUGAAUAAAGUUAUUAUCAUUUAAAAUCGUGAACUGAUAUUGAUUCUUUAUUUUUUAUUUUUUUUUUUUCAUUUUUUUGGUCGUAAAAUCUUGAUUUGGCUUUCAUUCUUCAUCUAAUCAGUGUACUUUUCUGUGCUUAGAAUGGAUAUAUUUUACUGUUAGCCCAGUAGAUUUUCACAUUUAUCCAGAGUUUCAUCAUGCAUACACAAUAUCACAAGGGAAUUGUGAAAGUAAUAAGAAUGUGUUGUCUGUUCAUUCUGAAAUAUAUUAACCUAUGGUUUACAAUAAAGCUAUAGAAAUCUUUGUGAAAAAGAAAAAAAAAUUGAAAGAUGAAAAGGGUAUGGAUUUUUUGUGAAUUUUUAUAGUUCAUAGGCAAUGGCUCAAAAUAUUUGAAAUAUAGGUCGUUAAAGUUUCUGACUUCCAUGUAAGUUUGAAUGUUGGUUUAGAGUACAGAAAAGUCCAGUUAUUACAGCUUGUGUUGGCCAUUUGAUGAUAACCUUCUUGCUGUUAAGUGUUGAAAAUUGUCCUGCAGAUCUAGUAAUUUUGUGUGUAUUUUUGGAUGGUGAUGUUUCAUUCAAGGUCUUCAUUUCUCAUGAAAAUGUAUAAUUAUUUAAAUGUGUUAAUUCAUGUGAUUAAACUUAAUACAAUGGAGAAAUGCAGAAUCUGCUACAAAUAAAGAAGUGAGAGAUGAUAUGAGGGCAAAAGUCCUCGCAAACAACGGUAUUGCCAUGUAUAGCAAUGCUGUGUGAAAUGGAUUGUGAUAUUUUGUUUCAGUUACUGGGGUAAUACAAUAUUAUUGUUGUUGCAUAAAAUAUCAAUUUCUUUGUUUAUUUUUUUCUUUUCUUUUCUUUUUUUUUUUUUUUUUUUUGUUUUGUUUUUUUUUUCGUUUGUUUUUAUUUUUCAAACCGAAGGUGUAGUAUACCAAUCGCUUUACUGCCACUUCUGCUAAUUUGUUUGGUAUGCGUUACAAAUGAAUGGAAGGAUUUUCUAUAUAUAGAUAUAUAUACUGGUAUGUAUUUGAUAACCUGGGUCGUAGCUAGUAAUUGUAAUAUCUUUAGUAUUUUAUUUGUAUGAUGCUAGUACAUUGAUUUAAAUUUUGUGUAACGGUACUACAGUUUGAUCUUUCAGUGUUGAGGUAUCAGUAAUACAGAUGAAUUGGUCUCUGGCGGUGAUGUGACAAGAUAUCACUGAAACUACCCGAAACUAUUUGAAAAUUUACCUUGAUAUAUAAAUGCCAUUUGCAGAAGUAGAAUCAGUUUUGUUUUCAAAUUUGUCUGUAAGCAAUCUCAUCAAAAUUUUAUACUUACAACAUCAAAAGUUUCUUCAAAUAUAAUGGUUAAUAAAAUGGGGAAUUCCUAACUUUUGCAGUUAUGAAAAUAUUUGUUUAGGUAAAUGUUGAUUGCAAGGCUUUAUAAACCUGUGAAUCAGUGUUGUUUUAAAGUACCUGGUUCUUCAAUUUAUGCCACUUUUCUUUUUUGAGUGAAAUUUCUAGAAAAUGAUACACGAUAGUUGCAAAGAAGACUUGACUGAAUACUGAUGGGAAUUUGUUUUGGUAAACAAAUAUAAAGAUUUACUUGUCAGGUCAGUUAUUGACUUGUGUUAAUACUGAAAAGAAUUUGUUUUAGUAAACAAAUAUAAAGAUUUACUUGUCAGGUCAGUCAUUGGCUUGUGUUAAUACUGAUGGGAAUUUGUUUUGGUAAACAAAUAUAAAGAUUUACUUGUCAGGUCAGUCAUUGGCUUGUGUUAAUGCGGUAAUGUUUACUUACAACAUUUACUGAGAAAUUGUUGCGCUUUUACCAGGAUAUCAUGUAGAAUGAGUUCAUGAGUGAGAUGUUGUGUUAGUCUUCUGUUUGUUGAUGACGAUGUGUGAAUGUGAACAGAAAACAAAUGUCAACAAAGAGAAAAGAAAAAUAAAAGGUUUCACAACA